AUGCCUCAAAACUUAAAGGGAAUUUAGCUAAUUAAAUAUUUAAUUUUGAAGAGUUAUUAUUUUAGAUUAUUUCAUUCCAGCUUUAAUUUUGAGCAAAGUUUCAGUCGAUUAAUUUUACUCAUCUAUGUUUUAUUUAAAUACAAUAGCAAAGUAAAUAAUAUUGGAACAUCCUAAAUCUUUUUCAAUUAUUUCAAAAGAAGGGUUAUUUCAUUCCAGAGUACAAAAUUGCAAAAUUAAUUUGAAACCCUUAAAUUACUCUCAGUACUAUGGUUUAUAAAAGAUGAAGAUGUUAGCUUAUUUUCAAAAAGGGUAUCUUAUUAUAAAAAGUAUUAUAGAAAUAGAUUAGUCAUAAAAAUUGUUUAGUAUGGGAAGCGUAUUGGACAGAUGUGGUCAUUAAAAUUUGA